AUGAUGUUUUACGUUUUUGUUCAUGAACAGAUCGAUGUUGCUAUUGUCGAAGUAGGCAUUGGGGGAGAACAUGAUUGUACAAAUGUUAUCAAAACUCCAAUUGUAUGUGGCAUAACAUCAUUAGGCUUAGAUCAUGUUAAACUAUUGGGUAAUACCAUUGAACAAAUUGCAUGGCAAAAAGCUGGAAUAUUUAAGCCAGAUGUUCCAGCUGUUACUGUACCACAAGUAUCUGAGGCUAUGCGUGUUUUAAAUGAAAGAGCUGAAGAAAGACAUUGUUCAUUAGAAAUCGCACCUCCAUUAAAUCAUUAUCCAAAUUAUCCAUUUCAACUUUCACUUGCUGGAGAUGUACAAGAAAUCAAUGCUUCGUUAGCAAUAGAAUUAGUUUUUCAUUGGCUACAUGCUCGAGAAGGACAAUCGUAUGAUAAACUUAGAGCUGCACCAUUAAAUGAAAAAAUUCUUCAAGGUUUAGCAUCAUGUCGUUGGUCAGGUCGUAAUGAAAUAGUUGAUACACCGAGUGCAACAUAUUAUGUUGACGGUGCACAUACUAUUGAAUCAAUAGAACAAUGUAAAAAUUGGUUCACUAAUUCAUUAUCAAAACAAAAUAAAUCAGAGAGACUUAUUCUGUUAUUUUAUUGUUCAAAUGAUCGACAACCAGAUGUAUUACUUCAACCUUUAAUGAAAUGCAAAUUUGAUUCUGUUGCCUUUUGUUCACCGAUUACUUCACUACCAACUAUCAAUGAUAAAAAUUCUCAAACAGAUACAAAACCUGGCAAUGAUCAAUGGCGAGCAACAGCAAAUAUUGUUAGUGAAAUAGGUCGUCUUUCAUUACAUGUAGCUGCAUUUGAAAAACUUUGGUUAUCAACAAUUGAAAAUCAAACAACAAUACCAUCGAUACAUUGUUUUCAUACCGUAUCACAAGCAAUAGCAUGGAUUGAUGAUAGUAAAUCAUCAAAACCAUCUGUUUUAGUUACCGGUAGUCUGUAUUUAGUCGGUGCAGUCUUGAAAUUGCUGGAUAAAAAUGAUAGCAAUAUGUGA